AUGAGUGACUUUAAACUGAAAGCCGUACCUGGGAACUGCGUUGUUUCUGCCGCGUGCUGCCAGCUCCUCUCCUUCAACCAUCCACAGCUUCACCACCGACUGAGGAAAAGGCUGGAACACGGGAUGAAAACAACCUUUGACCUGGACUCUGACCUUUCUUUGGCACCGACAGAAAAUACUGGAACCCUGACACAUUGUAGUUUGAAAAUACGCCAAAACAUCCCAACUUCACCAGUCAUAAAAAGUCAUGACUGCAGAGCAACCAUUAUCCAGAGGGGGGCGCCCAAACGCACCGACGAGACCGACCCUCGAAGAAGAUCACGAUACUGUGCAUCAGUUGGUGUUCACAUGUGCUGGUGGAUGUUGGGGGCAGUGCUUCGUGGUCUCUCUCAGCAGUGGGGACACGUUCUGCAGAAGGAGUCGGAGUGGUGGCGAGCGGCGAGCGUCUCAUGGAAAUGUUGUCUGGUCCAAACGAUGGAUGCCGCCGACUCCCCUGACCCGUACAGCCGCCCGGCGCGCAGGACGCAGUGGAUCGUGAGCACCCUGGCUUACCAUUACGGACUGGACCGGGGAGUGGAAAACGAAAUCAUCGUGCUGGCCACCGGCCUGGAUCAGUAUCUGCAGGAGAUAUUCCACCACCUGGACCACGGAGGACGCGGCAAAAUCCCCGAGGAGGACUUCAACGUCCUGUGCGAAGUCCUGGGCCUGAGCGACGAGCCGGAGUCGGAAGAGUCCGCCGGGCUGCUGGACAACCUGCCCAGCGCGCUCACCUUCAGGCACUUCCACGCCAAGCUGUGCGGCUACUUCACCACGAAGGCGGGAUGCCAGUACGAGGACGACCGGCUGCUGGUCGGGACCGACAGCGAGCACAUCGAAACUCAGAUCCGCCUGCGGAGCCCGCUGAAGCGGCGGGAGACGCUGCUGUCGCUCGGUGCGAGCGGCGGCUGCUCUCCCUCCGCGGCGCAGCGGCGCGCUUUGGGCUGCAGGCUCGGCUCGCCGGGCUCCUGCAGCAGGGAGUGCUACGAGGAGAUCGUGGCUCUGGAGGAGGCGGAGGACAGGAUAGGGAAGCUGGAGGACGAGAAUGCGAGUCUCAGGGAGCUGGUUGAGGACAUGAGAGCCGCGCUGCAGAGCAGCGACGCUCGUUGUUUGGCUCUGCAGGUUGGCCUCUGGAAAAGCCACUCCAAGCAUAAACCAAGGGAAGGACGCUUGGUUUCCCCGCGGACGCUGGCCUCCCACAACAACAGCUCCAACAGCAACCUCAAGAGCCUGCAGAACCUCAUCCAAGAGAUAGAGUACCUGCACAGCUCCAGAGAAUGGCAGGUGGAGGAGACGGCGUCGCGCAACCAGAGACUGGAGCAGGAACUGUGGAGCUGCAAGGAGGCCGUCGCUGCGUUGGAAGACAGCAACAGGCUUCUGAAGACGGAGCAGGCGAGCAUGAGGAGGAAGGUUGAGGAGGCCCGGCAGGCCCUGCUGAGCGGACUGGAGAAGGUGAAGGACCUGGAAGCGAAGGCCAGUCGUGUUCCGGUGCUGCAGAGGCAAGUUGUCCAGAUGGAGUCUCAGCUGCUUUACUACAGGUCUGAGAUGUCCAGACUUCAGCCGGCGAGCAGCGCCGGGGCAGAGCAGCGGCCGUGCUGCCAGGACCGCCACCAUGACCGCCGUUCACCAACAGGCCGUGCUGUGACCACCCCUGACAAGAUGCCGGUCGAGGAGCAGCUGUUCCGCUCGGUGGAAGGCCAAGCUGCUUCGGAUGAAGAAGAGGACAAAAGGGCCGGAGACCAACAGAGGCAGGUGGAGGAGGUGAAGAGGAUCCUAACCAGGCUGUCCUGCUGUGGCGGAAGAUGUGGCGAUGAGGCUCUGGGGAAGCUGAUGUUUCGUUUCGGAAGCUCGAGGAGCGAAGAGUGUCACAGUGCUGUGAUGGAGCUCCUGGAGAGAGUCACCAGGCUGCACAAGGAGCUGAAGCUGAAGGAAAGCCGAGCAGAGCUGAACAUGGACCAGAUGAAGGACUCUCUGGUGCGGGAGCUGCAGCAGAGGGCCGAGGACACAGAGCUGCUCACCGUGGAGCUGCAGUCGCUGGAAAGAGAGAAGGUCCGUCUGUCGCUGGUGGAGGAGAAGCUCGUGGACAUCCUGCAGCUUCUGCGGCAGCUCCGAGACUUGAACGUCUCUCGAAGGUCCCUGGGGAAAAUGUUGCUCAGUGCUUUGGAGUCCGGCAGCAACCCGCAACACGGCAAAGCGCACAUCCUGGAGGUGCUCGGCGCUCUUUACCACGAACUGGCUGCGUGCGAGAUCCUUUCAUCUCACGGACGUCUGCAGAGGGCGCAGAGUCAGCAGUCACUCCACAACCUCGUCAUCUCCUGCUGAACAAGAGCGCCACCCUCUGGGCCCACCGCCCCAGGAGACCUUAACGUAGUUGGUCUCCAGUAUGUAUAUAUACACAGUAAACCAACCUUAUUAACGAUUCUCUAGCUUUAAAAGCUAAAUUUAUCCGAUUUAUUGGAUACAUUGUUGAUUAAAUGUUGAUGUUUCUACACACUUAUUCAUUGUUUGCUCGUUUUUUGUUUUUUUUUCUUAUGGAAAAGAUUUUAAACUUGACUUAAAUUCAUUGAGGUCCUUAAAGACAUCCUCUCUCGUCUAGUCGAGGAUGGGCAUGCCUAGCAAAUUUUGUUUGAUCAACAUAACGUGGGGGUUUAUUUUUAUUUACAGAACCUUGUGUUUCAGUUCAAAGUAUUCCCAGAUGGAGUUUUCCUUUCUCCUUUUUUUUUCUUGGCUUCAUUUCAGCUACUGUCAAUGAGAAACGCUCCGCUCGAUGCUGUUAUCUCUACUGAUGCGUGACCAAACUACCCACAACAGCUCACCGCACAUUGCGCUUUUAUUUUGAAAUCCGACACGCAAAAUGAAGCAGUGACGUGUCCAUUGUAACACGAGCUGUCUUCAUCAGUCAUGCAGUCAGACCCUGCUGUUUUCCCCUCUCCACUUUUGUUAUGUUUCUCAACUUCCUGUCCAGUUUUGUUUUUCCCAUUUUUGUUUCCUUGCAUUGGAUUUUCUUUUCUUUUCCUUUGGUUUGGUUUGGGGUUUUAUUCAGUGCAUCCUCAUGUCUCAUUCCUAUUAACACGCUUGGAGUUUUAUGUUCUUCAUUUAGAGUCUUGAUGUAUGUGCCUGAGGUUGAACUUACUUUGAGUACAGUUUUUUUUGUCAGUAAAUCUUUAAUUUUGUAAAUUGUAGGUUUUUUUUUGUUGUUGUUGUUGCUUUUGUAUUUGUGUCCUUUUUCCUGUGUGGGUUUGGGUCUUUAAUGUCUUUUAAAGAAAACUAGAAAUAUGAAAUUGACACUAUGUAGCACUAGCACCCCCUACUGGCUUGCCCACGACAUUGACGCCACAAAGGAACGUGCCAAAUCCCAAAAAUCCUAACAAAUUAUUCAAACCCUCAAGUCUCUCAAGCAGAGAUUUCCCAGUUAGCCAGAGCUAUUCAAAAAUAGCAGAGCCUUUAACAGAAUUCCAGGACCAACGGCAAACGUUUUCAGCAGAGACCCAAUUACCUAUAAUGAACGGAGGACAUCUUUCACCUCACUUGUGGACUCUAAAGGCAUAUCUGCUGACAAGCUUCGCCUAAUGAAAAGGCAGGUCGCAGGUCCAGCAAAAAAUAUCUUGAACAUUUUGUAGCAGAAAUGAAGAAUGGUGAUGACUUUACCAGCAUUAUGGUUGAGCCUUUAUUGUCCAAAGAGUUUCAGAGGCAAAAUGUGUAAAAGGUCUAAUGGGCUUGAGAGGAUGCUGAGGGUUAACAGACAUUUUUAAUGUCCUGAACGCAUGUCUUCAAGCCAUGUCACGUGUUGAAGGACAAUCAAAAGUUGUAAUCGCCAGGCUGAAGUUAUACUUAUGGAAUCAAGAAUUUCUUUCAGACACUUUGCAGAGUUUGUGGCCGUUCAGGUAGAGAUAAAAUCCAUUCCUCCAUUUUUUUACACCCUUUACCCUAGUGGGGUCAGGAGGGUCAUUUCGGGUCAGGACGCCCGAAGCUAGACGUUCCGGGCAGGAGACAGGGUCACCCUGGAAAGGUUGCCAGUCUGUUACAGGGCAACACAGGACAAACAACCAUGCACACACACUCACCUAAAAUUCAGAGAGACCAAUUAACCUGACAGUCAUGUUUUUUGAACCGUGGGAGGAAGAUGGAGAAAACCCAACAUGUACAAGGAGAACAUGCAGACACUGAGCAGAAAGACCCCAGGCUGGGAAUCAAACCCAGGACCUUCUUGAUGUAAAGCAACAGUGCUACCAACUGCGCC